AUAGCCAUGAUUGAUAUUCGUAUAUUGUAUCACUUUGUGCGUGUUGACGAUAGUUUUAGUAAGUAUCGAUAGACCACACCCUUUUAAAAUGUUAACCGCAGUUUAUUGGAUAUAUGUUCUUUUCUAGCUACAGCAUCCAAACGUUUUCUACAUGAUUUAAUGCUAGCUUGAAAAGGUAUUAAAACAUUAUCAAUGAUAUUCUCAGGCAUGUUUAAAAAGGUUUUAUUCUCUAUUAUUUUGCGGUAAAAUUGUCGAUGACAGAGUUUAGUUUUUUCUUGAUAGUUUUUUGCGCUGGAAACCACACUGGACCCGCAACAUGACCAUUGAGGUUCAUUUUAUCUGGGAAUAGCACACAAUCUGGCCACCAAGUCUAGCAAUGACCGACACGAAGACGGCCGAAAACCCCACGGCCACUAUGAAAUUUGAGAUGAAGAAGUGGGGGAUAGCAAAGAGGAAGAUGGCCUGGCAGGUGACAGGGGAUAGGAACAUAGGGGGCCAUACGGCCCGCAUUCCUGACAGUUUCAACUUUAUGGCAGGGCCCGGGCCCCGAGGGGUUGGCAUAGAUCUGUCCAGUAGAGAUAAGAUUGAAAUGCUUGCGGAGACAAUAAUCCCACAAACAACAGUCUCUAAGAAAAGUCAGUUGUGUAUGAAAAUGGAAGAUAGGUGGAUGUACCACCACGGCGGUGGUAGAAAGGUCGCUUCUUCUACUAUUAGACGAGGAGGACGCAGUAUAAGAAGUUCGCGGAAUUCGCAAGUUUUGGAUCCCGUUCGAUCUCUGUUCGACAAAAACAGACUCAGGCCAGAUGCGAUUCAGGAGCUUAUCAAACAACUUCGAGUGGCAGCAGCCGCUUCAAAUUCUACCAACUCUUUGGAGAAAAUCGCUGAAAAUCCUAAACCGCCGGGGAAGAGGCCCAUGGAUUCUCGAGAGAGCAAGAAAGAGGAUGACGAUUCAUCAUCAGAAGAUUUCUCGGACGAUAAGAUAACAGACUCGUCUGAGACCCUAGUGGAGAUGGAACAGGCACUGUCACCUACCCCCGAACAGAACGCGUCAUCAUCGUCCCAAAAACAAAUGUUAACCUCUCACAAACCAAUCAAGUCAAUUCCAAACCAACCAAACAAAUACUUUCAAAAAGAAAGCCGUUAAGUGCGAACAAGACUGCAAAAACAAAUUCUGCAACUACGAAAGUUAAAACUGUAAGAAGAAAAUCCUCAAAAGAUAGACAAUCUGCUGAUAGUAAAACGGGAUCGCCUUCAUCACAAACCCGUAAAGGUUCGGACAGUGCAAGAGGAGAGGCAAAAAAAGGAGGUUUGUGGGGAGCUGUAGGUGCGGGAGUAGGAGGAGGAGGAGGGGGAGCAGGAGGGGGAGGAGGAGAGGGAGGUACAAAAAAAGGAAGUCUGUGGAAGUCUAUGGCUCCAACUAUGAGACAGGCUAAUAAGAACCGACAAUCAACCACCCCUGAUAGCGGCUUUCAAUCAGAUUCUCCAAGUUUCACAAACCUUAUCCCUCAAGCUAAAUCCAAAGGUCAAGGACCAGGUGCUCCUAACAUGAAACUAGCCAGUGCAAUGGCAGAACUAUUGAGAUCUGCCCGGAUGAUGCAGAUGAUGAAACGGCGUGACUCUGGCAAUAGUGAAGGGGGCGGUGAUUCUGGCGGUGAUCGGCCAGAACAUGCACUGAUAUCCAUGCUUGAGGAAGUGGGAAAAGAGGAAGAAGCAUUACAAGGACUCUACAACUACAACCCCAAGAUGAAGAAAGUGUUCCAGGUUUCUAACGUGGUGGCUAAUUUGACUGGUAAUAGGUUCAUAAUGCCACUUACGCAGAACUAUGAGCUUCCAGGUCUUAGUAAAGACGGUCAGUCGUUCACUAGAAGGAGAACAAGAGGUCUAAUGUAUGACACUCUGGAGCCGAUACAGUAUUCUCACGUCUACUUAAAAAAGUCACCUAAUUUACAGAAAAAACUGGGUGCCAAAGGAAAAAAGGGCUUGCUUAGGGGGUGAUUCCAAUGACAAAAUGUCAUAUUUCGAACAAAAAUGUUAGACCUUCUUUGAGCGAAAAUUAAUAUUCUAAGUUUUGUUUUGAUUGAUCUGUUCGGGUUUUGAUUUAAAGUCUUUGACGCAGUUAAUUUUGUUAUGAGUGUCUGCAAUUUGAGACAUAGAAAGGUUUUGUAUAUCGCAAAUUCGUAUGUUUUGCCGUUUUGUAACAAACUGGUUUGG